CAUCUGCAGAAUUUAAAGACACACACUACGCAUUUGAUAAUCUCAACAGAAAAGGGAAUCAUAGUUAUGAAGGUGAUUUGGCGGAUUUUUUCGAUAUUACUGUGGGCUUCGAUUCACAAGAAAAGUGUUGCAGUGGUCAGAGCUACCCUAUGUACUCCUCCAUGUCUGCUGGUAGCCAAUACGUCCGACAUUGUUGCCGUGGACUACACAACUGCAGUCGUCAACUCCGUUGUUUCUGGUCUGUCAAGAGCUGUAGCCAUAGAUGUCCAUUUCAGUCUGGGCUACAUUUUUUGGAGUGACGUAACAGAACGUAACAUUAAACGUCUCCACUUUCAGUCCGACAGUACCAUAACAAUUAUUAGUGGCAUUGGUGUUUGUGAUGGGUUAGCAGUGGAAUGGAGGACAUCAGAAUUGUACUGGACUGAUACAACUAAUGAUAGGAUAUCAAUAUCCGACCUGAAUGGUCAUAACCAGCGUGCGAUUAUUUCCUCUAGACUUGAAGAGCCUAGAGCAAUAGCUUUAGAUCUUGACAAUGGAUAUAUGUUCUGGACUGAUUGGGGAAAUUCACCAAAAAUUGAAAGGGCAUCGUUAAGUGGAAGUCAAAGACUUGCCAUCGUAACGACAAAUCUUCAUUGGCCGAAUGGCAUUGACCUUGACGAGGGUAACAAACGGAUCUACUGGGUGGAUGCUGGAUUGGAUAAAAUUGAGUCAGUCGAUUACAAUGGCAACAACAGAAAGGUUGUCCUCCUGUACCAUGGCCUACAUCCCUUUGGUGUGGCACUGGUUCCUCCGUUCUUGUUUUUCACAGACUGGGCCUCGACUUAAGAGUUCCACCAAUUAGAUGCCUCUAGCGGAGAAGUCCUUCGUAGUCAUAGCAUUAAUGGUGGACGGCCUAUGGGUAUUGUUCCCUAUGACAGCACUCGGCAACCCUCAGAGGUAAGUGGCUGUUCUGAAGCCAAUGGAGGAUGUGGUGAUUUUUGUGUCCCGAAAACAACUGGAUAUGAAUGUCUUUGCCCUACUGGAUUGACAGUGAAGAAAGAUGGGAAGAUGUGUGAAGACAAAGUAAAAAUCUUUCUUCUUUUUGCUGACGCUGAUGCUAAUGCUACGAAUUUAAUUUCGCUGGACGUUGACUAUUGCGUUGCUCAAAUUUUGUUCCGACACCUUGGAAAACAGCGUCCCAUUGCAUUAGACUUUGACUCUAUUGAGGAUCGUGUGUACUGGUCUGACACGGCUCAAGGUCUCAUCAUCAGCGCAUUUUUUAAUGUAACCGGCGUAAAGAUUCUGUUUCGCAGUAACGUCCUCACUCCUGAAGGGUUAGUAAUCAGUCAUGUGUCACGAAUCAUUUAUUGGACUGAUACAGGAACGAACAGGAUCGAAGUAGGUAGCCUUGAUGGUACAAGAAGGAAACUACUCAUCAAAGAUGGACUUGACGAACCUAGAGCCAUAAUACUCGACGAGAGAAAUGGGACAAUGUACUGGACUGACUGGGGUGCCAAUCCGAAAAUAGAGAAAGCUGGAAUGGACGGAUCAGGAAGACGAUCGAUUGUCACUGGAAAUUUAUUCUGGCCAAACGGACUUACUGUUGACCAGGCUACAAACCGUCUGUUUUGGGCUGAUGCAAAACUGGACACCAUAGAGAUGUCUGACCUUGAUGGAGGAAGCAGACAGAUUAUAUUAUCAUCUGCAGCUGAUAUCCAUCCCUUUGGCCUGGCCUUGUACCAAAACGUGUUGUACUGGACUGACUGGGCCAAAAAGAGCGUUUUAAGUCUUAAAAUGACCAGUAGAAACCAGCAGGUUGUAGUUACAGGCCUUCAAAAACCAAUGGAUAUUCAUGUAUUUGAUUCUUCCUUGGACUUAGGCUCUCAUUAUUGUGCUCUAAACAAUGGUAACUGCAGUGAUUUGUGUCUCCUGAGGCCAGGAGAGUAUCAAUGCACAUGUCCAAAUGGAAUGAUGCUCAAGCCUGACGGAAGAAACUGUGACUAUGAUUUGUUCCACAUGAUGAGUUCUGAAAAAUUUCUGAUCUUUGCUGAAGCGGACUCUGGGGAAAUCUACAAGAUCCCUCUUAAAAAGCCGGAGAAACCUUGUUAUCCACUAAAAAUCACAAAAAACAUCUCCAGACCAGUGGCGGUGGAUUAUGAUCCCGUUGAAGAUAAAAUUUACUGGACUGAUGUGACUUUAAAACUUGUGGCAAGGGCAUUUCCUAACGGGUCUUCCGUAGAAAUAAUUUCUUACAUCAACGUGGAUACUCCUGAUGGAAUAGCCGUGGACUUUGUUGGGAGAAAUCUUUAUUGGACUGAUGUUGAAACACGUACAAUUGAAGUUGCCUGGCUGGAUGGUUCGUAUAGGAAGGCUCUUAUUUCAUCAAGUAUAGAAAAGCCAAGAGCCAUAGUGCUUCAUAUUCAGGAAAGGAAAUUGUAUUGGAGUGACUGGGGAACAUCUCCAAAGAUUCAACAAGCGAAUAUGGACGGUUCUGACAGAACGGUUCUUGUCAGUUCUGGACUCGUAUGGGUGAACUCACUCGCAAUGGAUUUUCAGAAUAGACUCCUGUACUGGUGCGACGCAAAACUUGAUAAGAUCGAACGGGUAGAUCUCCAAGGAAAUAACCGCGUUGUUGUAUUGGAUUUAUCACCCAGUAACCUACACCCAUUUGGAUUGGCUCUAGAUGAUCAUGUUCUUUACUGGUCUGACUGGAAUGGCCAGAGUGUUCACACGUAUAACAUGACAUCCAAUGUGAGUGACGUGUUGGUUCACGGUAUGGGAAGACCAAUGGAGUUGCAUAUUCACAAUCAAAUGCAUAUCUAUAACGGAUCGACCAGCUGCUCUCAACUGAGUUUUCAUCGUAUUCAAUGA